AAAAUGGAAUACCACUGCUGUUGAGUCUAAUACUGGCAACAAACGCUGGCUAUUUACCAUACUAUGGACAAGCUCCCCACGCCUUGCGGGUAGUCAGACCUAAUGUAUUAGUUCCAGAACCACCUUCUGCUCCGAUUCCUUACUCCUUCUCCUACACUGCUGAUGCUACGGGUGGAUCCAGCUCCCGUUCCGAGAGCGGAGAUGGCUUCGGUGCCGUUAAAGGAUCAUACAGUAUGACAGGAGCAGAUUGGCAACGACGCAUUGUUCAGUAUACAGCUGAUGCAUCUGGCUUCAAACCCCAGAUUUCAACCAACGAGAUCGGUACUGACCCCAGCAAGAGUCCAGCUGACACUACGAUCGACUCACUUCCUGGUGAAGUGCAGGCUCCAGCUGUUCCGUCUCUUGUUAAAUUAUUCAAACCUUUCCCUCGAGUUUAUCACCAUCCUUUCCCACAUGGUUACCAUGACUACCGCUACUCCUGGUAACAAAAGAUAAAACCCUGAUCGGUAAAGUACUCCUAACCCUGAAACAACUGAUAGCUAUAUUCAGAGGUGAUAAUUCUUCUACUUUUAUAAUGUUACUACUGGAACUUGUGUACAGAUGGAUUAUUUAUAGCUUUUCCUGAACUGCUUAAUUUUCUCUCACAAAUAGUUGUUUCUUAUCUUUGACAACACGAUAUUGAAAAUGACUGUUUUA